AUGUUUUGCCAAGUCAAGAAGACGGAGCCUUACUUUGGCCUCACGGGCAAGUGGCUCACGGCAUGGAUCACGUUUGCUUGCAGCGUCGACAUGCUCAUGUUCGGCUACGAUCAGGCAGUCUUUAGCGGCGUCAUCGUGACCGACGACUUUCUUGUCCUGCACGACCUUGUCGGACCAGAGAAGACGUCACUCCUCUCUACCAUCACCGCCAUCUAUGAUAUAGGAUGCUUUUUCGGUGCCAUUGUAGCUUUUACAGCCGGAGAGCGGCUCGGUAGGAAAAAGUCCAUCAUCGCUGGCACCAUGAUCAUGACGGUUGGUAUGCUUCUCAUGACCACAUCCUUCAGCAUCGAGCAAAUGUUUGUUGGGCGUAUCGUCCUAGGCAUCGGCAACGGCAUCAAUACGGCGACCGCCCCCAUUUGGCAGACGGAGACCUCUCCUGCACACCUUCGCGGCAAACUUGUCAUGUUUGAAAUGAUGAUGAACAUUGUCGGUUUCUCGCUCUGCAACUGGAUCAAUUACGGAUUGUCCUUUGCCGGUGGCGCCGUCGCUUGGCGCUUUCCGCUUGCCUUUCAGGCCGUCUUCAUCAUCGCGCUGUUUGCGACGGUGCCGUGGCUGCCGGAAUCUCCACGAUGGCUGCUCUACCAUGGGCGCGACGAUGAAGCCCGACAGGUUCUCAGAUGCCUCGCGGGCAAGGACACGGACGACGCAAACAUUACUGUUCAGCAAGAGGAAAUCAAGUACAGUGUGCAGUACGAAAAGGAGCACCAUGUUAGGUGGAGAGAUCUGCUACGUCCUCAGCCAGGAGGCACCAAACCUCUCCGGAGGCUCAUUCUAGGUGCUGGCACGCAGUUUAUGCAGCAAUUUGAAGGAAUCAACAUCAUGUCCUACUAUUUGCCCACUGUACUCAUCCAGGCUGUGGGUCUAUCCAACCAACUCGCGCGCCUUCUUACUGCCGUCAACUCGGUCACAUAUCUCAUAUUUUCAUGCAUAUCUAUUCCCCUGGUCGAGAGAUGGGGACGUAGAGGCUUGAUGAUGGUAUCGACUGCUGGCCAAGGCGCAGCCUUCCUCGUCAUCACAGUUCUACUCCGAUAUGGGAGCCCGCCUGAUGGGAAUAGCAAGGCUGCCGAAGCAUCCAUUGUUUUCUUUUUCUUGUACUACGUUGCGUUUGGCAUUGGAAUGCUUGGGGUACCGUGGCUAUACCCGACCGAGAUCAAUUCCAUUGCCAUGCGAACAAAAGGCUCGGCGGUGGCCACGGCGACCAACUGGCUCACGAAUUUCGUCAUUGUCGAAAUCACACCCAUCGGCAUCCAAAACCUGGGGUGGAAGUUUUGGAUCGUGUUUACGAUCUUCAACACGGCUUUCAUGCCAGUCAUAUACUUUUUCUACCCCGAAACUUCAAACCGCACCCUUGAGGACCUGGACGAUUAUUAUCGGAACAAUCCGCCGCUCAUUGUCACUGGUGACGCCGACGUUACCGGCAGCAAGAGGCCGCGCAAGUAUGUGGAGAUGGAGCAAACGCAUAUGCGGCGUGUUGUUCGGACAAGCGUAGAUGGUGCGCCGUAUAAGGAGUCUGCAUCUACAAACGUCCAUGUUGAAUAA